AUCACGUGCGAGGAGCCGACUAGGUCCACUUCUCCGCACUGGAGGAGCUCGACUGGCACGGACGACCGGCGAUUCAGCACCAGUCACCCAGCCAGCCAGUAAGCCAGCCAGCCCGUCAUCACCGUCGUUAGCCGCAGCAGCCACUGAGCGAGAGCUGGAUCUCAUCUUUAACGUCCAUCGGUGAUUGGAAAGAUUGGUGACUGUCUGUCGGCGUGGAGAAAUGGCCGGUAUCUUGGCGUGGUUCUGGAACGAGCGCUUCUGGCUCCCCCACAACGUAACGUGGGCUGACUUGAAGAACACAGAUGAAGCGACAUUCCCGCAAGCCGAGGACCUCUAUCUGGCGUGCCCUUUGGCCUUCUGUAUUUUCAUGGUGCGGCUGCUUUUCGAAAGGUUCAUUGCAAGGCCCUGUGCUGUGGGCCUGAAGAUACAAGCCAACGGGCCACAAAAAGCCCAACCCAACGCUAUCUUGGAGAAAGUUUUCACAGCUAUUACCAAGCACCCAGAUGAAAAAAGGCUGGAAGGAUUGUCCAAGCAGCUCGACUGGGAUGUCCGAACUAUCCAGCGCUGGUUCCGACAAAGACGCAACCAAGAGAAACCUAGCACUCUCUCUCGGUUCUGCGAAAGCAUGUGGAGAUUUACAUUUUAUCUCUACAUUUUUACCUAUGGAGUACGUUUCCUAAAAAAGACGUCCUGGCUGUGGAACACUAAGGAAUGCUGGUACAACUAUCCUUACCAGCCACUGACUGUGGACAUUCAUUAUUACUAUAUACUGGAGCUGUCUUUCUACUUGUCCUUGGUUUUUUCCCAAUUUACUGACAUCAGGAGGAAGGAUUUUUUAAUUAUGUUCCUUCACCACGUGGCAACCAUCUCCCUCAUCACCUUCUCUUAUGUAAACAACAUGGUAAGAGUCGGAACUCUGGUCAUGUGCCUCCACGAUGCUGCUGAUGUUCUGAUAGAGGCCGCCAAGAUGGCUAACUAUGCCAAAUGUCAUAUAUUGUGCAACCUCCUGUUCGCAAUGUUUGCGGUCCUCUUCAUAAGUUCCAGGCUGGCAGUUUACCCAGUGUGGAUUUUAAACACCACCCUGUUUGAGAGUUGGGACAUUGUUGGGCCCUACCCAUCCUGGUGGGUCUUCAACCUGCUUUUAAUUUUGCUGCAGCUUCUUCACUCCUACUGGUCCUCCCUCAUAGUGAAGACGGCGUACCAGGCCAUCUCCAAAGGAAAGAUGGGCAAAUGGAAUCCUUUACAUGUGUCAAAGGACGACUGCAGUGACAUCGAGUCCAGCUCGGAUGAGGACGACAGCCCUCCGGCCAAGCAGAAACACCACAACAGCGCCACCAACGGGACCAACAAAUCCCACGGGACCAACGGCUACCUGACGGGAGCCUCCUAUCCCGACGAACACUGACUUAUCCGUCACAGCACUGGAACUAUUCACUAUCCAUCCAUUUGUGUAUGAGAGACAACGUCAUCACUUUCUUUUCAAUUCAACUACAGUCAAUUUCCUUUGGUGUCAUCUGCAUAUUUGGAUCAACACUCAAAAUCAAUCCAUAAAUACAUGUGAUCAGUUCUGACCGCUUUAAGCGCACGACGUUGAUACGCAGUCGUCUGGCAUUCUGUGGGGGGAGGGUGCGUCUUACGUUAUUUAUUUUCCCUGCUUUAUUUUUCAAUGCUACACCCCCAAAGAUUUGCCAAAUGAUGAAUGACCGUGUGGAAUUGGCUCACCUUUCUUUUUAGGUGGGGGGGGGGGGGGUUCUAUACAACGUUGUCCACUUAACCUGUAUAUGAGAUGUCAACAACAGUAUUACGUGUGUGCAUCAGAUAUGACUAGAUGCUGUAUUCCCAUGUCAAGGCAUUUUGUUAAGUUGUGUGGUGCAUUUCUGCUCAUGUGCCUCGUACAAGGCAAAGUCAUGAGUUGUUGGAAUUAUUCAAUAAAUGAACAUGAAAUAUUGCAAA